AUGGACGAUAGCGGCCCACCUUGCAAGAGAUGCGCAGAGCGAAAUCUGUCCUGCGUACUGAACAAAAGUCUCCAAACCUUAAUAGAGGAACGGUCACAGUGGAAAACGACCGUCACCACUGAUCUGGAUCAUAUUCAUGCAGCACUUCAAGAAGUUCUAGGAAGGUUGUCAUUGCCGCCCCUGCCGCCCCUGCAGACUACAGGAGGUGCUGAUUAUGUACCGUCACCACAUGAUGAUGGUCUCGAACGGGAGGACCCGGGGCCUUCUUGUGACAAUUCUCCUCGGGUUUCCCCUCGAGAUGAUGCCCUUCCACAUGUCCCUAUCGAAUCAUUAUAUCAAAUUACACGACUACGAGCGCUCCGUUCAGAUGAUACGCCCGAUGAAUCGCAACCCACAUCAACACGGACGCCCAACCAUCCAAUAAGCGACUUCAUUUCACAAGGCCUCGUCAGUAUUGAAGAUGCGGAACGCCUUGUCAACUUUUACCUCAACCGAAUUGAUCACUUCAUGUAUAUGGUCGGAAGUGGGAGAUACCGUGAUCUCGAGAGCCUUCGUCGAUCGUCUCCUAUACUGACUGCGGUUAUAUGUACCGUCGCCGCACUUCACGACCCCAACAGCAACCAUCUGUACGGCAUCUGUAGUCGGGAGUUCCGGCGCCAGAUGGGAGCGGCGAUGUUUGACCGCCGGAUAGAUCGAGAUCACAUCCGGGCUAUGUGCAUUGGCUCAUACUGGUUACAUGAUGUUUCUUGGACACUCUCAGGCUACGCAAUACGGAGAGCUACUGAAGUCAAUCUGAGUGGCAUGUUUCAGCGUGCACUCGAAAACAACGAAGAAGCGAUGGACUGUAUGCGGAUCUGGUAUACUCUGUACAUUUGCGAUCAUCAUCUCUCCAUUCUUUACGGACGCCCUUCCAUCGUCCGGGAAGAUGCUGCCAUCUCUGGCUGGGAAGAACUGAUGACCAGAUCGGUGUUCACUGAAUCCGAUAAACGUUUGGUCAGUCAGAUGGCUUUGCUGAUCAUCAUGAGCAAUGUUCGAGAACUUUUCGGCCCUGAUACGGGUGAACCAGUACCUCGCGCAUUUGCGCCACAAUUGACCAACUACAGCCGACAAAUAGACCAAUGGAUGGGCUAUUGGACGACAGAGUUGAUGAAAUUACACCAAUUCAUUGGCGAAUUCCCGACCAAGGGCGUCAUCUUGCACCACCACCUCGCCAAGCUACAUCUCCACUCACAUGUUUUUCGUGGGCUCAAAGGCGCACCUGUACCGACAUACUUUCAAGACAGUGCUAUUGCGGCAGUCGCUGCUGCAACUUCGAUCGUCGAAAUGUUGCUAACAGAUUUCGACAUUAGAGAAGCCCUUGUAGGCAUCCCUCACUACAUUCACUCCAUGAUUGCAUUUGCCUGUGUCUUCCUCCUCAAAAUCGCAGCACAGCAUUCCGGGCAGUACAUUGAGGACGCCAGAGUGUUGGACAUGUCCAACAAAGUCGUGCAGCAAUUUCGAUCAACUGCAGUCGGGAAGUGGCAUCUAGUCCAUCUAAUGGCUGACGGGUUGGAGAAGAUGACACUAUCAAAGAUCAAAAGCCCGCCGGUAUUUCACAACCCGCCUGUUUCCAAUGGAAUGGACCAAACAGGAAUGCAAUAUGUCAAUGAGCCGUCCACUACGAUGUCCUCAAUGGCUAAUGGCAAUGGAACGGGUAUCUUCAACGGAGGCAUGAUUGCAAACCCCUUCGAGGAAGACCUCAACCUAUCCACCACACCCUUCCUACAUUUUGAUUCUGGGAACUACGAUUUCAACUUCUCUGGAUUUUGA